GCCAGGGCUCGAAGCUUAUUUUUUGCCCAAGUUGCCCUCGGGCAAGUUGGAGAAAAUUUUACUUGCCCGAAACAAAAUUUUACUUGCCCGAAUUUUUUUGGAGUGGAUUUUUACUUGCCCGACACAUUUUUGCAAUAAAAAAGACAACACUAUAAGUUUUGCCUUCAUAUGCCUUCGUAUCCGCCAACCGGAAACAAGCUCUGCUGGUGCGCAGGCGCAGAAGAGCCAGGGACGAGUGAGGGAGCAUGCAUUUAAUUACGAAGCGCUUUGCCGUUAUCAAUGUAUUGCAGACUUACACGAGAAACUAACCGCUCCCUAGAAAACAAAAUGUCGGACCAGAAGCGGCAGAAGUUGCGAGAAAUUAUGCACAAAAUCGUGUUUUUACAGCUUGAAAACAUGGUAUUAUGGCAGGGCAAGUUCGGGCAAGUGAGGAAAAAAUUCUACUUGCCCGUCUGCCAUCGCUACUUGCCCCGGGCAAUCGGGCAAUGGUUAGUUUCGAGCCCUGUAUUGCGUGAUGUUUGAGAUGUCCGUCGUUGAGAAGGAAAAACAAAUUUUUAUUGGCAAGAUCUUGGGUUGUGUAAUGGCGGUCGGUACACGUGGCAAUCUAGCGGACCAAACAACAACGCCCACCUUCCAGUGGGAAAAUGUCUGCAACGACCACAGCAGCAAAGUACGUGAAAGAAAAGGACCGCUGUCGUCGACGACUGGAACAUCUUUGGCUGCAGCCUUAUGUUGUGUUGCGCAGAGCAGACAUCAGUGAAGCUAUUCGUCCUAAGCAGGAGGAGCCGGACCGCACACGCAUUAAAGAGGAAGAUGUGGGCAAGGAGGUCCACCACUUCAAUGAACAAAUGGAGCAGAAGUUUCUUUGCACUAUAAAAGAGGAGGAAGAGCCGGAGCGGCCUUGUCAGAAAGAGGACGGAGAGGACUCCUGCGACAUCAAAAAGGAGGAGGAAGAUACCUGCGAGAUGCCAUUGACUGGUGUACUUGUGAAGCGUUUAGAUGAGGCUCAACGUGAGGUGAGCAAAGGGGCGGAGCCUCCAAGCUGCAGCUCAAGUCCACAUAUGACCAGAGAAGGUGAUGGAGACCACUGUGGGGCAUCACGAGCAGCUACACCAUCAGAUAGUGAUGACGUGUUGUCACAUGUUCCUGCUGAUGAUGAUGACUCUCAAAACAAACACAGGCAAUGUUCUCACUGUGGAAUUUGUUUUGCUCAUACCAGUAGUUUGAAACAACACAUGAGAAUGCACACAAGAAAGAAAAACUUUUCCUGUUCAGAUUGUGGCCAAAAGUUCUCUCAGAGGAGACAUUUAAAUACGCACACAUUAACCCACAGUGGCGAGAAACCUUUUUCAUGCUCAGAUUGUGGCCAAAGAUUCUCUCAGAGGGGCAAUUUAAAUUCACACACAUUAACCCACACUGGCGAGCAAACUUUUUCAUGUUUAGUUUGUGGCCAGAAAUUCUCUCAUAGGGUAAGUUUAAAUAUGCACACAAGAAUCCACACUGGUGAGAAACCUUUUUCAUGCUCAGUUUGUGGACAAAAGUUCUCUCGGAGGGGACAUUUAAACAUGCACACAUUAACCCACACUGGCGAGAAACCUUUUUCAUGCUCAGUUUGUGGCCAAAGGUUCUCUCAGAGGGGAAGUUUAAAUACGCACACAAGAAUCCACACUGGCGAGAAACCUUUUUCAUGCUCAGUUUGUGGCCAGAAAUUCUCUCAUAGGGUAAAUUUAAACACGCACACAAGAAUCCACACUGGUGAGAAACCUUUUUCAUGCUCAGUUUGUGGCCAAAAGUUCUCCUGUAGGCAAAGUUUAAAUACACACACAAGAAUCCACACUGGCGAGAAACCUUUUUCAUGCUCAGUUUGUGGCCAGAAAUUCACACAGAGGGGACAUUUAAAUUCACACACAUUAACCCACACUGGCGAGCAACCUUUUUCAUGCUCAGUUUGUGGCCAAAAAUUCUCUCAGAGGGGAAAUUUAAACACGCACACAUUAACCCACUCUGGCGAGAAACCUUUUUCAUGCUCAGUUUGUGGCCAGAAAUUCUCUCAUAGGGUAAGUUUAAACACGCACACAAGAAUCCACACUGUCGAGAAACCUUUUUCAUGCUCAGUUUGUGGCCAAAAGUUCUCUCAGAGGGGAACUUUAAAUAUGCACACAAGAAUCCACACUGGUGAGAAACCUUUUUCAUGCUCAGUUUGUGGCCAAAAAUUCUCUGAGAGGGGAAAUUUAAAAAAGCACACAAGAAUCCACACUGGUGAGAAACCUUUCCCGUGCUCAGUUUGUGGCCAAAAGUUCUCUCAGAGGGGAAGUUUAAACACGCACACAUUAACCCACACUGGCGAGAAACCUUUUUCAUGCUCAGUCUGUGGCCAAAUAUUCUCUCAGAGGGGAAGUUUAAAUACGCACACAAGAAUCCACACUGGUGAGAAACCUUUUUCAUGCUCAGUUUGUGGCCAAAAUUUCUCUCAGAGGGGACAUUUAAACGCGCACACAUUAACCCACACUGGCGAGAAACCUUUUUCAUGCUCAGUUUGUGGCAAAAAAUUCUCUCAGAGGGGAAGUUUAAAUAUGCACACAAGAAUCCACACUGGUGAGAAACCUUUUUCAUGCUCAGUUUGUGGCCAAAAAUUCCUCAGCAGGGGGCAUUUAAAUACGCACACAAGAACCCACACUGGCGAAAAACCUUUUUCAUGCUCAGUUUGUGGCCAAAGGUUCUCUCGGAGGGCCAAUUUAAAUACGCACACAUUAACCCACACUGCCGAGAACCCUGGUGAGAAAGCUUUUUAAUGCUCAGUUCGGCCAAACAGUCUCUCAGGGUAAGCUCAAUCAGGCACACAGGAGCCCACACUGGAGAGAAACCUGUUGCCUGCUCAGUCAGUUGCCAAAGAGUCUCUGUUAAGAAUUCUGAGUGUUUUGGAGGGAUGAGCAAUGAUCCAUGAAGUUCUCACCUUCUCUUUGAGCAGACUUUAUGAGUUUAUGCAUCAAUGAUCGUUCUAUUCUAGUAUGCACCUUUUGAUUGAGAUGCUGAACUCCUUUAAGUUCAAUUCAUUUUAGUUUUACCUAUGAAUUUGAAAAUAAAAUUAACUGGCCUCGGGAUGAUAAUAGUUUUGUAUUUCAUGAUACUUGAAGUUUGUUUUGUUUUUAGUUGUGUGUUCAUAUUUAGGGCAAGUUGCUUGGUUCUUAUUAGUGUUGGUUCAGGAUUUUGUUUUGUUCAGCUUCUCAUUUAUCAUGCCUGGAAAGCGGACUUUAAACCGAUGAUGAUGAUUUGGAUCAAUAAAAUACUGUAUGAUAUCCCCCA